AUGGCAGCAGACCACCAGACCAUCCUGCGUGCCUGGGCCGUGAAGGACUUCGCCCCCAACUGCCCCCUCUACGUCCAGAUCCUCAAGCCUGAAAAUAAGUUUCACGUCAAGUUCACCGACCACGUGGUGUGUGAGGAGGAGUGCAAGUAUGCCAUGCUGACACUCAACUGCAUCUGCCCGGCCACCUCCACCCUCAUUACCCUGCUGGUGCACACGUCCCGUGGCCAGGAGGGACAGGAGUCCCCAGAGCAGUGGCAGUGCAUGUACGGGCACUGCUCCGGCAACGAGGUGUACCACAUCCGCAUGGGCGACAGCAAGUUCUUCCGCGAGUACGAGGGUAAGAGCUUCACCUACGCGGCCUUCCACGCCCACAAGAAGUACGGUGUGUGCCUCAUCGGGCUGAAGCGGGAGGACAACAAGAGCAUCCUGUUGAACCCGGGGCCAUGGCACAUCCUGGCCGCCUCCGACACCUGCUUCUACAUCAACAUCACCAAGGAGGAGAACUCGGCCUUCAUCUUCAAGCAGGAGGAGAAGCGGAAGAAGAGGGCGUUCUCGGGGCAGGGGCUGCACGAGGGUCCGCACAGCAUCAUCGCCUCCAUGGGGACAGUGGCCAUGGACCUGCAGGGCACAGAGCACCAGCCCAUGCAGAGUGUCGGGAGCGUCGGGAGCAGCAAGCUGGCACUGCCCACAGAGAACGGCUCGGGCAGCCAGCGACCCAGCAUCGCACCCGUCCUAGAACUGGCUGACAGCUCGGCCCUGCUGCCCUAUGACCUGCUGAGUGACCAGUUGGAGGACGAGGUGACACCCUCGGACGACGAGGGGCUCUCUGUGGUGGAGUACGUGAAGGGAUACCCUCCGAACCCGCCCUACAUAGGCAGCUCCCCAACCCUGCGCCACCUCCUGCCUGUGAAAGCCCCCUUCUGCUGCCUGUGGCUGGACAAGAGCUGCAAGCACAACAGCUAUGAAGAUGCCAAGGCCUACGGGUUCAAGAACAAGCUGAUCAUUGUGUCGGCAGAGACGGCUGGCAAUGGGCUGUACAACUUCAUUGUGCCGCUGCAGACCUACUACAGGUCCCGCAAGGAGCUGAACCCCAUCGUUCUGCUGCUGAACAACAAGUGA